AUGACGUCACCACCAGAACUCGUUGACGUCACAACUCUGAACCCUGUAGAGUUCGAGCUCAAUCCGGAGCUCGUCUACGUGGUCGAGCACCUUUUCUUCGCCGCUUGGUGCUUCACGGUGCCUUUCUACAUCUUCUUGAUGUUCUUCAUGAUAGAAGCCCAACGGAAAGGAGUUGCCGAUUUGGCUUCGCCAUUCUUCAAGAUUUGUAUCACCAGCGGCGUCAUCGAUUUGAGUGAGUCUUUGGAAAAAUGUUUUCUGCGAAAAGGCUUGAAACACCUGUCGGCCAAUUAAAAAGGUGAUUGUAAUGAUGUUGCUUUUUUUAUUCGUCGAAAUGAGUUUCAAGGAGAAAUGUUGAUUUUAGGAUGAUUUUAACUCUUUCAAGAGAAAAAAACUGUAUUUAAAAAAACGCAGUUUUUUUGGUUUUGAAUGAGUUCAAACGAGAAACUUUCAAACUUGUCUAGACGAUUUUCCAUAAAAAUCCGUCAAUAUUUCGAAAAAAAAUUUAUCGAUUAAAAUUUACAAAGCUCAUUUUUUUAAAAAUCCUUUUUUUCUUUAACUUCUAUGUUAACCGACAGUUUCAAAUUUUCAGGUUUUUUAUUACACUUUUUUAAACUUUCAAAGCUUUCGCCAUUUUCAGAAAAAAAUUCCUCCUUUGUUUUAAUUUUUUUCAAAGGCUUCUAAAAGGUUUAAUUUUACAGUAACGCUCCUGAACAACUACUUCGGAGCAGUUUUCGCCAAAUGGGGAUUUUUUCAUUCAUUCUAUCUGUUUUUUGGGAUCAGCUAUGCUCAUUUGUACCUCUACAUUGCUUGGUCUACAGGUAAUUUUUUUCUUCGAAGGAAAAAAAAGCCACAAAAAUCUUUUGGUGUUGAGGAUUGUGCGCUCCAUGGAGAAUUAGUGAGAUUUUUUAAUUUUGAUUGGAAAAAAUCAUUUUUUCUUCCUUUUCAGGAGUUUGCCAAGCGAUGUCGGUGUCCGUUUUGGCAACAAAUCGACUUUCUGCUAUUCUGGUUCCUCAGAGGUACCAAAAGGUAUAGUUUCUCAUAUAAAAGUGAUAAUUUUCUAUAGUAAAAUGAAGCACUCCAACAAAAUAGCACAAAAAAGAUUUUCGCGUCGAAGUUUUUUAAAAAUAUUUUCCUAUGCGCCUUUAAAAACUUUCUUUCCCAGAUAUGGUUCGGCCGGAAUUUCUGGGUUGCCGUUUCUCUACAGUUUGUCCCGGGUUUCAUAGUUGGUUUGGCAACAUUUCUGAACGACUGUGCCCUUUUUCCGACCCCUGACGGUGGAUUAGUACCGAAAUUUUUGAAGUGAGCUUCAAAAAAAAUUCCUCAAUUUGUAAAAUUUCAGCAAGCAAAUGACGACGUUUUUCUUCAGUCUUGGCGGCUUUUUUCUCGUUGCAAAUAGUUUUUAUCUGAUUUGCGCCUAUUCAUAUUUGUUCAAAGUCAUAAGGAAACGACAUAAUAGUCAAAUUAUAGUGAGUUUUAUUAUUAAAAAAGAUGGGAUGAGCGAAAUUAAGGGAGCGAAUAUUGCGGAGAAUGAAACUCAGUUGGCGAAAGCUCGAAGACUGUCGAAAAGGAGGGAAUUUAAACUUUUCCUGAUGUCCACUUGUAUUGGUUUGUUUAUUUUUCUACUUCUUCUUUUUACUUGGGAUUUUAAAGACCCAAAAUAAUGAAGUUGUCAAGUCCAAAAACUGUUUUAAAAAAAUCAUUUUUUUUUCAGUGGGCGUCCAACUGACCUUACUCUUAUUUUUCUCCCUGAAAGUCUUCAAAUUCAUAUCAUUCACCGUGGAACAGUUCUACAUCUUCUACAACUGCAUGAGGUACUCUAACUUCGAUAAAAUACUAAAGAACGCCAGAGGGGUCUCUAUAGGGGCGAAAAAAAAAAGUCAAAAAUGGUCCUUUACAGAGGGACAUCAACCAAACCCCUAGAGGGACCACUUAAAAAAAUUUUUUUUUGACCUUAAUGAGCCGAGCAUAAGCGGUCCCUGAAGGGAGGUCUUCAAGGGCUCCUAAGGUUGUUCCUCUAAGGACCCCUCUGACGUUCCUAAGAAAAAUGACUAGAAUGGCUCAAAGCGUCCGUGAUUUUUGUGCGCCCGACAAAAACCGACUUGCGCACUUUAACAUCCUUUAACAUAUAGCAAAGUCGCUCUAGGUCGGGCAAAGCCAUGGAAUAGAUAAAUUUGAACUUUCUCAUUUUAAUAAGAUCAAAUUCUGGUGCUACGACAAGAGCGAGUUUUCCAUUUGCGAGCAGUACUGUAUGCGGCAAAGCGCAUUGCGUGCAUGCACUCUGCGUGUUUACACUUUUUGUGGCGUGACGUCAUCGCGCCGUACAUCUGCGGGUUUUUUUGCUUGCGGGGUUUUUUUCGAUUUUUUUCGGAAUUUUUUUUUUCGAUUUUUUUCCGGUUUGGUUUUGAUUGUGCGAAUAUUUUUGAAAAAAAAAGAAAACUUCUUUUUUACCUCAUAAGAAGGCUCCUUUCCGUCCUCAAAAAAUUUUCGUGUUCUUCUUCUUCUUCUGAUAUCUCGUUCAGAUUUUUGAAAUAAAAAAAGUGAUGCUAUGAAUGAAAUUCAGGUUGGAAAGUGACGAUUAUGUAAACGCCAUUGUUUUCGACCCAAUUUUAAAGCAACAAGAAAUCGCAAAGGAAGUUUUUUGGCGAAAAAAAGGUGUCCCUGCUACUCCACCCUCAACACCGGCAUUGUACAAGAAUCCAAUUUUCGUAAAAUUUCUGACAACUCCCUUCAAAUCUCUCAAUGUACAUUUAAAAUAUCUUAAAGAUUUUUCUGGGAAAAUGACUUUAGUUUGAUAUGAUGUUUCUGUAAAAAAAUUGUUAUUUUUCUUAUUUUUUUGAUAUAACUGAUUUCAAUUACUGGUAUUUGUUAUGAUGCAAUUGUUUGAUAUUUUUCCUCUUUGAAAUAUCAAUAUUAGCUUACUUCUUUUUCUAUAUUUGUGAAGUUGACCUAUCUAUAAAGAAACAUUUUUCCUAAACUGCCCCCUUGACAAACAGAGUUUUUCAUCAAUAAAAAAAAGUUUUCUUUUUGUUUCGAAAAAUAAAUGAGCCGGAAAAAAAAUUCAAAAAAAAAAAUCCGAAAAACCCGCAAGCAAAAAAACCCGCAGAUGUACGGCGCGAUGACGUCACGCCACAAAAGUGUAAACACGCAGAGUGCAUGCACGCAAUGCGCUUUGCCGCAUACAGUACUGCUCGCAAAUGGAAAACUCGCUCUUGUCGUAGCACCCAAAUUCUAUAUAAGAGCGACACUUUAAUCAUCACACCUCUCUCAAAACAUAUCAAAAAUCAUUAAAUUGAUGAAUUUUUCAGCGAUAUCUACGCCAGCGUCAACCCCUACCUUCUGCUCAUUUUCUCGGAUUCUUUAAGAUCCUACAUUUUGAUAAGACUAGGCCUUAAAAAAGUCGUCACUCGCACUGUAACUGUCAAUUCGAUUCAUUGUAAGAUUUGA